AAAGAUACGAAAAAGAAAUACAAUAUUAAAGAAUAUCAUUUCUGUUGCAACAAACUAACUUCUUUCACCGCCAUUCCAACAACAUUGUUGUCACUUACCAUCUGUCUCUUUUUAAGCUCUUCAACUGCGAAAUUGAGGUAGGCUACCUGCAGGAAGCUGCAAAGUGAUCAAGGAGACAAAUUAAAUCAGCAUAGCAACUUGUUCAUAACCUGAUAUUAUUUUAAUUUUAUGGUCUUGGAUUGUUAGAAAGGGAUAGACCUCAUGAUGGCCACAACAGCAGUUAUUGGACUGAGUGCAGGAAAAAGACUCCUAAGCUCUUCCUUCUAUUAUUCGGAUCUCAAUGAAAAGCUAACUUGUAGCAGUGAUCAUACUUUGCCUUGCCAUCAGGUUCCUAAUUCUGUUAAGAAUGUGAUCACUGCGAGGAAGUCAUCAGAUUAUAGCCCUAGUUGUGUAUCCAAUCGAAAAUUACAAUCUGCCAAGGCUCUUAAAGAGCACGUGGACAUUGCAUCCGACCCUUCUGAUGUGCCAUCCUGGUUUGAAAUGUUCGAACAAUUGCAAAAUGAAAGCGAUGAGGAGGAUGUUUCAAUGGAGGUUCUCCUCUUGCUGCAAAAGUCUAUGCUUGAAAAGCAGUGGAAUCUUUCUAUUGAGAAGGCAUUGACGGGUUCGCCACAAAAUGAAAAGAACUGUAAGAAGAUGCAUAUUACUGGCUCAGGGACUUCUGCUAGGCGGAGGAGAAUGGAUUCUCGACAAAGAGUUCUUGUUCGAAAAUGUUCAGCUACACCUACUAGUGCAACCAAGCCGCUGAGAUCAAUUAUUGGUCCUGAUCUACUUCAAAAUCGUUUAAAAGGUUACGUUAAGGGUGUGGUAAGCGAAGAGCUGCUCACACACACUGAAGUGCUUCAACUAUCCAAAAAAAUUCAAGUUGGUCUUUUUAUGGAAGAGCAAAAAUCCAGGCUGAAGGAAAGAUUGGGAUGCGAGCCUUCUGAUGAUCAACUUGCUAUUUCCUUGAAAAUGUCCCGUACUGAUUUACAAUCUACACUGAUCGAGUGUUCCUUGGCAAGAGAAAGGCUUGCAAUGAGCAACGUUCGUCUUGUCAUGUCGAUUGCUCAAAGAUAUGAUAACAUGGGUGCUGAAAUGGCUGAUCUCGUUCAGGGAGGGCUUAUUGGGCUGCUUCGUGGGAUAGAGAAAUUUGAUCCCUCUAAAGGAUACAAAAUCUCAACUUACGUUUAUUGGUGGAUUCGCCAGGGUGUCUCCAGAGCCCUGGUUGAGAAUUCAAGAACCUUAAGAUUGCCAACACAUCUGCAUGAAAGACUCGGUCUUAUCCGUAAUGCAAAGAUGAGGCUUGAAGAGAAGGGAGUAACUCCAUCAGUAAAUAAUAUAGCUGCAUCCCUUAAUAUGUCCCAUAAGAAAGUCAAGAAUGCAACUGAGGCAAGCAGCAAGGUGUAUUCACUUGACAGGGAAGCAUUUCCCUCUUUAAAUGGUCUGCCCGGAGAAACUCUCCAUAGUUACAUUGCUGAUAACCACCUGGAGAACAACCCAUGGCAUGGUGUUGAUGUAUGGGCACUCAAGGUUUUACAGGAUGAAGUAAACAACCUCAUUUCAUCAACUCUAAGGGAACGGGAGAGGGAGAUUAUCCGACUGUACUAUGGUCUGGACAGUGAAUGUCUCACGUGGGAGGAUAUUAGUAAAAGGAUAGGUUUGUCCAGAGAGAGGGUCAGGCAGGUGGGAUUAGUUGCGCUUGAGAAACUAAAACAUGCUGCAAGGAAAAGGCGACUAGACGCGAUAUUGAUCAAACAGUAAUUUGGCACAUUUGCUGCGACUACAAUACAAAUUGACUGUACAUAUAAUGUGAGAAUUUUGCAUCUCCAACUUAUUUUUCCGAUAAGGAGAACGUACAGAUAAAGACCCCGACAUAUUCUUGACCACCCGUCAACACCCCGCCCCCCAAAACCAAGCCCCCAAAUUUGUAUGUGAAGAGACAAAAAGAUGUAGCAGACAUUUUUGUGUACCAUAUAUUUUAGAUGCCUGACACGCAAAGAGCAAAGAGAAGAUUUGCUGAGAUAGGAGAUAAUUACAAUGUUGUUGUCUGUAGAUAUAUGCAACACUAGUCUGUGUUUCCACUUGAUGUGAUGCUGAUUGUUUAUUUCUCGUAGAAGAGCAUAUAUACUUCCUUUUCAUA